AUCUGCCGCCGCAUCUGCCGCCGCCCCCGCCGCCGCUCCGGGGUCGCUGCAUCGAGCCUUGCUGUUGGGGGGCUGCCGUGGCCCGGCCGCCGCGCGGGACAGCGCCAUGGAGGAAUUCGACUCCGAGGACUUCUCCACGUCGGAGGAGGACGAGGACUACGUGCCGUCGGGUGGAGAAUAUAGUGAAGAUGAUGUAAAUGAAUUAGUGAAGGAAGAUGAAGUGGACGGUGAAGAACAGACACAAAAAACCAAAGGGAAAAAAAGCAAAGCUCAGAGCAUUCCGGCCAGAAAGAGAAAACAAGGUGGGCUCUUGCUCGAGGAGGAAGAGGAGGAUGCCAAUGAGGAAUCUGAAGGAAGCAGCAGUGAGGAGGAAGAGACAGCUGAAGAGCAGGAGAAGGGCGUGGGGUCAGAGGAUGCAAGAAAGAAGAAGGAGGAUGAGCUGUGGGCCAGCUUCCUCAACGAUGUCGGGCCCAAACCAAAGGCGACCCCCAGCACACAAGCUCAAAGAGAAAAUGAGACUGAAGAGACAAGUUCAAGCAAAUUGUUGGUCAAAGCAGAAGACGUAGAGAAACCUAAAGAAACAGAAAAGGUUAAAAUCACCAAGGUGUUUGAUUUUGCUGGGGAAGAAGUGAGGGUGACGAAGGAAGUGGAUGCUACUUCCAAAGAAGCCAAGUCCUUCUUCAAGCAAAAUGAGAAAGAAAAGCCACAGGCUGCUGUCCCUUCAGCCCUGCCGCAGCUGCCCGCUGGGUCAGGAUUAAAAAGACCGAGUGGCAUGAGCAGCCUUUUGGGGAAAAUUGGAGCCAAGAAGCAGAAGUUGAGCACCCUAGAGAAGUCCAAGCUGGACUGGGAGAGCUUCAAGGAGGAAGAAGGCAUUGGUGAAGAGCUGGCCAUCCACAACCGCGGGAAGGAAGGGUACAUUGAGCGGAAAGCUUUCCUCGACCGGGUGGAUCACAGGCAGUUUGAAAUCGAGCGCGACCUCAGGCUGAGCAAGAUGAAGCCCUGACCCAGACGCCGGGUUCCGUCCUGCCCACACGGGAGCUGCGGGUGUCCAGCUCUUGCCCAGCAAGGUCCUUGUUUUCUACGUUGGAUUUCUGUCUUUUUAUCUCGAUUCUACUUGAUUUUGUUCAUUGUUCAUUUUAUUGUAAAAGUUUGUCC